AUGAGAAACAGGGCUAGUAACACCUUGUCGAAAGGCAAAAUCCGUCAAUCAUGGAGCAAAUACAACCUGUAUAACAUGCAACGGUUCCGCAGCCCGCCCACCACUCACCGCACAUUCUUCCAACAGAAAUGGUCUGCAAAGGCUGUCUCCCGUGCUUACCACGGUGAGCAGGUCCGCGAGGGCCAAUGGAAGCGCAUGUUCUCCCACCGCAUCAACAGCGUCAUCCCCAUGAAUACCGCCGACUUGGCCGCCGAUGAUGGAUCCCUCAUGUCAGCCGGUCGGGGCUCUGGAUUCAACAAUGGAGAAAAACCUGCUCAGAAGACCCGUCCGACACCCUAUACAUCGAUGGCCUUCGCGCCCCUGGAACGCCGAUUGGACGUGGCCAUCUUCCGUGCUUUGUUCGCCAGCAGUGCCAGACAGGCUAGGCAGUUUGUCAUCCACGGAGCGGUUACUGUGAAUGGACAGAAGAUGAGACACCCCAGCUACCUCCUCAACCCCGGAGAUCUCUUCCAGGUCGAGCCGGACCGUGUUAUGUUCGCUACCGGUACUCCGAAGACUAAGUUAGAACGUCGUGAGGGCCGGUUGGCUCAGCGCAAACAGCCCGAGGAGGCUGAAGAGGAAGCCACCGAGGCCGAUGAAGUCGAGGAGGCAGAGUCAAAAGACACCCCGAAAGAAGACACGAAGAAGACACUUAAGACCCUACUUUCCCAAGCCAAGACCAUCAUGUCCACCGACAAGACAACACUUCCCGCAAAGCGCAAGCAAGAGUUGCGCGGCUUCCAAAAGGCCGUCCGCCGUGUCCUAUCCCGAUCCGAAUCCAGCACCGUCCUCACCGACAAUCUGGAAGCACAAUUCUCCCAGCUAACGCUUCUCCUCAACGCCAAGCGCAGCGAAAAGAAGCCGGACGAGGAUAUCAAGAAGGACGAGGAAUCCAAGCCUGAGAAAUCCGAAAAACCCGCUGUUGCAGACACCACCGCUAGCGACAAGCUCUCCGAAGCCUUCGAGCAAGCAACACUUGGCAAUGACGUCGACGCUUCAGAGCUCGACGACGAAGAAUUCGACAUUCUCAGACGCGCUCUCACCCAAAUGCGCGAUAACCCAAUCGACAACACCAAGCCCUACGCUACCCCCUGGCGCCCACGCGAUUACAUGUCUGCUUUCGCAUUCAUUCCCCGCUACCUCGAGGUCAACCAAAACAUCUGUGCUGCUGUGUACCUGCGUCACCCUGUAGCACGCCCUGGCUCUGCUGAGGUACCUACUCCCUUCGGCGAGUCGAUUGCCACCCCGGCUUAUGGCUGGUACUUGAAGAGACGUUGGUAG